UAAUCAUUUAUAUAACUACGCUAAUAUCUCUUAUUCUUCUAGAAGUUGAUUAACUCGAAUCCAUGUAGUCUUCAUUCGGUUUCGUUUGAAACAAGAUCAAUUUAUUGGAGAAGAAGAAAAGAAAGGAGCAAACAUAACGAGAUGAACCGUGUAAAAAAAUUGCUAUCGAGUAAAGAAACUCGAGAUUAUUUAAUGAGCACACAUUUUUGGGGACCUAUAGCUAAUUGGGGUAUUCCUAUCGCAGCAAUCGCUGACAUACGAAGAGAUCCGAAAUAUAUCAGUGGAAAGAUGACGUUUGCAUUGUGCUUGUAUUCAGCAAUGUUUAUGCGCUUUGCAUUGAGGGUUGAGCCACGCAAUUUACUACUUUUUGCCUGUCAUUUUGCAAACGAAGGUGCACAACUUACACAAGGUUGUAGAUUUAUUAAAUAUCAUUACGUAAAUAAAAAUGAAUAACUAGUGAUAAUUUUGGAACAAAUAUCAUUGCCAUUCAUUCUUAAUUGAUAUCAUUUAUAACUAUUUGUUUCAAUUGGAAUACAAAAUAAUAUUAAGUAGUAAAAAAUAACAUAAUUUUUAUAAUCUAUUCAUAUUGGGAUUAGAUAAUUAUAAAUGUAUUAUAAUGUUUACUAUAUUAGUAGAUGUAAAAAAGGGAAACAUUAAAUAGCGUUAUUAAUUACAUUAUUAA